GAGAGGGGAAAACCAACAGGCAAGCAUCAGAUAGAACCAGUGAGGAAGCGAGAGAGUACCAGGCUGCAGGACAGAGAGAGAGUGUGAGUGAGAGAGAGCGAGAGAGAGAGCGAGAGAGAGAGCGGAACAGAGGGAAACAGCAGGAAAAAUAGAGUGAUAGAGAUAGCUAGAAGAUGGAGGUGCAGUCAGAAUGCGUGGAACCUCCUCCACCUCCUCCUUCUGUUCCCCCAUGCGACCCCCAACCGCCAGGGAAGAUCAACAAAGCAGCCUUAAAGCUGUUUGGAAAACGACGCUCCAGCUCCGGAAUGGCCAGAUUCUUCUCCUUCAGGAACAAAGAGGCUAAUGGGAAUGGGAAUUCCGAGAAUGGGAAUUCUGUGAAUGGGAAUUCUGUGGGGGCGGCUAACGAGCUCGUCAGGAGUAAAACGCAUGAUGGACUAACAAGCUCGGAGACAGAUGGACAGAGAGGGGAGGAGUCUGGAAUAUCAGAGGCGGGACAGGUGAGGUCUCUCAGCAAAUCACUGAGCUUCUUUUCGCUGCUCAGACGAGGAAGUGUGAGAGCUAAUGAGAAUACAGGGUUUGGAAGCAGGGGGAGGGGUUUAAAAGGCUUCUUUAGUAGUAUAAGGUGGCGGCGGAAGGAGAGAGUGAUGGAGGGAGAGGUGGGGGUAACUGAGGGGAGGGAGGUGAGAGAGGGAGAUGUGAUUCUAAAGGAGGAAGUGAAAGAUGUCACCCUGACCCUUGAACCCCAGCCCCAAUCACCACAGGAGGAUAAUGGGAGCUUGGAAGCUGAGCUAAACACAGAAUCAGCGAGAACUUCUCCCGCAGACAACGCCACAACACCACUCACGCACUCUACUGCCAUGACGACAAACCUGUCAGAAUUCCCCUAUACACCAUCCCCUUCCCCUCUUCACUCUGCCUUUCACUCAAGAACCAAAACGUCCAUUUCCUCAGCAACGGCCACCCCCCCUCUGGAUCGGUGUGACCCCACCUCUGAACCCUCAGUGGACCGGCUCUGUUCACUCCUCUUCACUGACGUCACCUCGCUCAAGAGCUUUGAUUCGCUGACAGGAUGCGGUGAUAUCAUCGCAGACGCAGAGGAGGAGGUGGCAGGAAACGUGGGAGGAGGAAAUGGAGGAGGAGGAAGUGUCACCAGUAGUAGCAGUAGCAGUGGGGGAGGGGUAGUACGCAGCUCCCCAGCUAAAUCCUCCAUUACUAACCAUGCCACCCCUUCCAGCAUUACCCCUACCCCCACUUCCGCCCCUGCCCCCCUCCCAGCCAGGGCACGGCUGAUGCCCUCCCACUCUGCCCCGAUUCAGCAGCCCUCUGGCAGCGGCGUGGUGGCCUACAUGGGGGGUGGCGAGGAGAUGGCCAGCCCUGACGGGGUGGACGACGCAGACAUGCAGGGGCUCUGGCACAUGCUCCCCUCUGGGGGAGAGAACUCCCCCGCCCUCCCCCGACCCAGCUCUCACCCGGCUCCCCCCAGGGGUACAGAACGGAAACCCCCCCAGGUCAAGUCUCUGGGACUCAGCAAGAUCCCUUUAGUGGGGGGAGGAAGGAUGAGUAAACUCCCCACUCAUGCUGCCCGUCAAACCUCUUUGCCCAAUGAGAAGGACACUAAGGAGGAGGUCCAGCCCCAACAGGAUGUCCCGGCCCUUAGAGACGAGGGCUAUUGGGAUACGCCCUCGGCAACCCCCACGGCAACGCCUGACGACGGCUUCCUGCGGAACCAGAGGAUUGGUUUAUCGCGUGACAGUUGCUCUGGCGACGCGCUGUACGACCUCUACAAUGAGGAAUUGUACAGAUCUGAUGAAGAGGAAGAGGAGGAGGAAGAAGAUCUGACAAGUACUCCUUCCCUCUCCACUGACGACUACAAACGCAGCGCUCCCUCCCAGACUACUCCUCCUUCCUCUUCCUCCUCUUCAUCUUUUCGCUCGAUGAAGGGAAGCACUAGCCUUCCCCGCGAGUCCAAAAUCCCUCUUAGUGUCAGACAGAACACACCCCCUCACUCGGUGAGCCAAUCAGCUCUUUCCACUGUCCUCACAGCCAUUCCUCCCUCUGACACACCCACCCAAGCUCCUCCCCCAGCCCGGACCAGGAUCCCUGUCUCCAAGGUGCCAGUCCGUCGCCCUAGGAACAAGCCCGGCAACGCUACACGAGGGCCAGCCCCCAGGAAGUAAGUCUGGACGAGGCAGCCAUGGACUUUGAUGUCUUUGGUUAGAACUAGACAACAUCACUGGACUAGUGUGUAUGACAUUGCCGGACUGGUGUAUUGUGAAAUGCAUCAGACAAUGAUAAAGACUUGAAAGAGAGUGAUAGGAGCUCUAAACAACUCUUCCAUUGGUUCUGGUGGGUCACACCUCCAAAAGUUAAAGUUAAAAACAAAAAAUCUACAUCACUGGACUUGUGUGUGCAGUAUCACUGAAAUUAUGUGUAUGGGACACUUUUAAAGACUUAAAGACAUUUUCGACAACUCUCAGCGCUUUUGAAUAUGUAAACAAUGGUCACAGAAUUCAACUGCACUGCACACCACUAGGGAUGACUAGAGAAGCUUUUCUUCUUCUCUUCAAGUCCUUGUUUCUGAAACACAGAUUUUUAUAUGAUACCACGAGUUUAAUCUAAUGACGGCCUAAUCUAAUGAAACAGUUUGUAAUAAUCUAAUUGUUAACUAAUUACCUCCUAAUCCCAGACUACAUUCACAGUCUCAAUCCUCAUCUACAUCUUUUUUUUAUGCCAUUUAGCAGGCGCUUUUAUCCAAAGCGAUGUGUGCAAUUAUUUCUACGUAUGGGUGGUCCCGGGAAUCAAACCCACUAUUCUGGCAUUACAAGCACCAUGCUCAAUCAGCUGAGCUGCAGAGGAGCAAUACAGGACUAGUAAAGGCCCAGUGCACUAAUUUUGUGAUUUAAAAAAAACUAUUUUUGUAAUUUUCUUCAGCACCCCUACUUCCCGUGGCAAUGUGGGGUGUACUGUUGACUGUUCCUCUCCCAGUUCUAAAGUACCAGUGGAUAACAGUGGUGACAACAUUGCUAAAAACAAUCAGAAAGCAUUUAUAAAUGUAUUUUUACUAAGGUGUACAUGGAGAUCACUGGUUACAACACCUCACCUUGCCAGUGAACAUAACCAAGAAACAACAUCACAAAACUUAAUCGUCCUAAGUGAAUGACAAACACACACAUUCUCCUCUGGACCAUAUGUGCUCCACCACUCGAACGAGCAACUACUGUACUAUGAUGACCUCGCACUGGAGAAACAGCAGCAGGUUCAAUCUCUCUGGAAUGAACAACUAUAACAAACCAACCAAUAAAGAAACGGAAUAAGUAACGCAAUAGUGAGACAGCAUUGAAGGAUGUUCCUCUACUGACUGAACAACGACCACUGAACACUCCUCUCUUGCUGCAUGAGGUGCCUGGAACACAAGGCACUAGGUUCAGGGAACACAGUCUACACUAAGGACACACACACACCACGUCAAGGACUCUCUUUCACACACACACACACACACACACACACACACACACACACACACACACACACACACACACACACACACACA